AUGUCCAGAGCACGGAAUAUUUUUCGUCGUGGCACAAAAAAAGAUUACGAACACUCAGGAAGCUUUUUGGAGGCCAUUGGACCCGUUUUGCUAUUGGCACAGCUAUUUGCUUUGAUGCCCGUUUGUGGUGUGCUCUCAAAGUCUGCAUCAGAAAUGUAUUUUUCUUGGAAAUGUGUGCGCACCUGGUACGCUUUGCUGGUAAUCGCCUGCCUGGGACCCGCCAGUUUGGUCACGAUUUCUGUUGCAUUCCGUGCAUCGUUUAGUUUCGACACAGUUGAGGCGGUCGUUUUCUAUGUAUCGAUAUUUGUUAUUUCUAUAGCAUUUUUUCAAUUGGCACGCAAAUGGCCAGCGCUGAUGCUGCAAUGGGAGCGUACCGAGUCCCAGUUGCCGCCCUUAAAUACCGAAAUGCAGAAAGCAGCUUUGGCGUAUCGUAUAAAAAUGAUCACACUGGUGGCCACUAUGUGCUCUGUGGUGGAGCAUUUGCUGAGCAUGUUGGGUAUUAUCUAUUAUGUAAACGCGUGUCCAGCCAUACCGGGACAUCCCAUUCAGAGUUUCCUCUACUCAAAUUGGUCGCAGUUUUUUGUUUACUUCGACUACAGCAACCUGGCGGGCAUCUUUGGCAAAGUCUUGAAUGUGAUAUCGACAUUCGCGUGGAAUUUCAAUGAUAUCUUCGUGAUGGCGGUGAGCGUGGCGCUAUCGGCACGUUUUCGCCAACUCAACGAACAUAUGUUGCGUGCAGUCAAGCGGCCAACCACGCAGAAAUUUUGGAUGGAAAAUCGCAUAAAUUAUCGCAAUUUAUGUAAACUAUGCGAAGCUACAGAUGACACCAUUUCCGUUAUUACGCUAUUAUGUUUCUCCAACAACUUAUUUUUUAUAUGCGGAAAAAUUCUUAAGAGCCUACAGAAAAAGCCAUCCUAUUCACACGUUAUGUACUUCUGGUUCUCGCUGGGCUUCCUUUUGAUGCGCACACUAAUGCUAUCGUUGUACAGCGCCGAAAUUAAUGAUGAAUCGCGACGGCCGCUUGUGGUUUUUCGUGGUAUUUCGAGUGAAUAUUGGUGCCCUGAGCUUAAACGUUUUUCGGAAGAAGUGACCACAGACGUGGUUGCACUAUCGGGCAUGAAAUUUUUUCAUUUGACUCGUGGGCUGGUGCUCUCGGUAGCCGGCAGCAUUGUCACCUACGAAUUGGUUUUGCUACAAUUCAAUAAAGAAGACAAAGUGAACGAUUGUUACGAAUAUUGGCAAAUUAUGAAAUUCGCACUUAAAAUCGGUUGGAAGAUCGGAAAUGUCACUGCGGAUGCUCGUUUACGCGUGCAACAACAACAGCAAAUGCGCAAAAGCCAACGUAUGUGGCGUCGUCAGUGUGACAAAGGCGGCACGCGCCGGCUUAGCCAAAGUGCCACAAAUGUUGCCGCAUUAUUUGGACCAUCAACGCCCCAGCGUGACCACAAAGCUCUACUAAUUAAGCGUACGUGUACCGAAUUUCUUGCCCAAAUGGAGCUGCUGCAUCUGCAGAUAGAUAAACCACCAAAAGUUUUAGCUAAGUCGGAGAAGAAAAAGUUUCAACCCGAUGGCAGUUUUCAUCAAGCGGUAGGAAGAGUCUUUCUCUUUGCCGAGUUUUUCGCUUUCAUGCCAGUCAAGGGAGUCACAGCAUCACAGCCCAGCCAAUUGUCGUUCUCUUGGACAAAUCUACGAACUUUAUAUUGUUUGCUUUUCAUACUGACGACUACAAUUGAUUUGGGAUUGUCAAUAAACAAAUUGCUAUAUAAACCUAUCAACUUCAAUAGUGUUGAGCCACUAAUAUUUCGCAUGUCCAUCAUUGUGGUUUGCAUUAGCGCUAUUGUAUUGGCGCGCAAAUGGCCGGCAUUGAUGUUGUACUGGGAUGAGAUGGAGAGCGAUUUGCCGGAGUAUUUAACGCAAAUGGAAAAAGGACGUCUGGCGUACAGGAUUAAAAUAGUGACAAUUGUGGCCAUGAUGUUGUCACUCGCCGAGCAUUUACUGAACAUUAUUUCCAACAUACUCUACUCCAAUGCCUGUCCGCAGUCUGAUGACCCAAUUAAGGAUUACUUUAUUCUUACCAACCAGCAAAUUUUUGAUGUCUUCCCUUACUCUGUGUAUUUAGCUAUUUGUGGAAAAUUAGAGAAUAUUAUAUGCACCUUCAUUUGGAAUUUUAUGGAUGUGUUUGUGAUGAUUGUCAGUCUGGGAUUGGCGGCAAAAUUUAAGCAGCUCAAUGAUAACUUAUUCAAGUUCAAGGGCAUGCAAAUGCCCGAGAUCUUCUGGUUGACUCGUCGCAAACAAUACCGGAACCUUUGUGAGCUUUGCGCACGCAUUGAUGGCGCCAUUUCGCUCAUCACAAUGAUAUCCUUUUCGAAUAAUUUGUAUUUUAUUUGUGUGCAACUGCUGCGUAGCCUUAAUAAAAUGCCUUCGUUCGCACAACUCGUCUACUUUUACUUCUCGCUUUUCUUUCUUAUCGGUCGCACAUUGGCUGUCUCAUUGUGUUCGGCCAGCAUCAAUGAUGAAUCCCGCAAACCGUUGCGCGUUCUACGCUGCAUACCCAAGGAAUCGUGGUGCACUGAGGUGAAACGUUUCUCGGAGGAUAUUAACAGUGAUUUGGUUGCAUUAAGUGGCAUGAAAUUCUUUUAUCUCACAAGGAAAUUGGUGCUGAGCGUUGCUGGAACGAUUGUGACAUAUGAGCUGGUACUUAUACAAUUUCAUCAGGAUGGUGCGCUGGGUGAAUGUGUUAGUAAUCUACGCCCUCUGUCAUCGGCGAGUAAUGGUAGCGCGCAUUGAGUUGGCGUAGGUGAAUUGGCCAAUAAUACAGUUAUUACAUAUAAUACAU